UUCGUGUGUGUGUAUUGAGAGGAUUAAAAAUUAAAACAUAUGUGAUUUGCUGUUAUUUUAUAUAUGUGAUAUUCUAAUAAUUAGGAGAAAAAGAAUUAAAAAUAAGAAGGUUACAUUCGAACAGCUGACUUGAAGAAUCCAUAACCUAACUAUGAGUAAUAAGACUAAUAACGCAGGUGAGAUAGAUCCUGUACAGGAACAGCUGACUGGUAGAGUACGGGAAGUUGGGAAUUAUGCGAUCUGGAGUUUGUCGAGUUGCAAACCAGGAUUCGGCGUGGAUCAGCUUCGAGAUGAUAUCACGGAAACCUAUUGGCAAUCAGAUGGACAGUUACCUCAUUUAGUGAAUAUACAAUUUAAAAGAAAGACGACCAUUCGUGACAUAUGUAUUUACACAGAUUACAAGCUGGAUGAGAGUUAUACUCCCAACAGGAUAAGUAUCAGAGCCGGGACCAACUUCAAUGAUCUCCAAGAAGUAGAAGUGAUGGAUUUAAAUGAACCAAGCGGUUGGAUAGUGAUUCCCAUUAAAAACAUAAACGAUCGCCCUAUUAGGACAUUCAUGAUUCAGAUAGCAGUUAUUAGCAAUCAUCAGAAUGGCAGGGAUACCCAUAUGAGGCAAAUCAAAAUUCACAGUCCUGCGCAGGAUAUCCUCGGUCCACCGGCGCCUUAUAUCCCAGGACAGUUUCUGACCAAUGAGUUUUUACGCUAUGCCACAAUUAGAUAAGGUUUAUAAAUAAGAAAGAACAAAAUUUUAUUAUUUAUUUGCCAAAAUUCAGUUCAGAAGAUUCCAAGCUUUUUCAUUUUCAGUCAUUUACAGUCUGUUAUUUAUAUUACUUCAUCGUAUUUAUCUAUUAAGAAUCAUUAUUAUUAAAUAUAUAUAUACAUAUCAUCUUUAUUAAAUUAUAAUAUUGUAAAUAAGAAAAAUUCUGAGAAAAAUUCUGCUUGUAUAUGUGUGUACACAGAUUCAUAUUAGAAUUCGGAUAUACAUACUAUAGAUUGGAAUUUGAAAGUGUACAUAUAAGUUAAAUGCAGAAAAACUGUAAACACAACAUACUGUUGGGUAGUAGUCAA